AGCAGCACAUCCACCUCUGACAAUCUCGCCCAACCUCUCCAUCCCUCCCCUCCCUCCAACACCUCUUCAGCACCUCUACCUCCUCCGUCCUGGCCCCCGAUGUCCCGAUUCGUGCGCCCGUCCAAAUACCGCCACGUCUUCGGCAACCGCUCCAAGGUCAACUACGAGAACGCCAAGAUCAGCGGCAGCGCAUGGGACACUGAUCUCGUCACUGCCAGCGGCAAAUACAUCGCCGUCAACUGGCAGGUCUCGGGUGGUGGUGCCUUUGCUGUCCUCCCAUCCUUCUCGCCCUUCACGCCCCCUCCGCAGGACGGCUUCCCGACCAAGCUCCCGGACAUCCUUCCCCUUGCGCGUGGGCACACUGCGCCGGUCCUCGACACCGCCUGGUCGCCAUUCGACGACAACUUUGUCGUUUCCGGCGGAGAGGAUGGCAAGAUCUUCCUGUGGAACAUCGAGGACUCGAUCUUCGAGGGCUGGGGAGACGACGGCUGGGCGCCGUCCGACAUUGCGCCGGUCGGCAAGCUGAACGCUGGCGGCCGCAAGGUCGGCCAGGUCAUCUUCCACCCCGCCGCGGAGAGCCUCCUCACGUCGGCGUCGGGCGACCACCUCGUCCGCGUCUGGGACAUUAAGAGCAACCAGGACGCGCCCAUCAUCCAGCUCACCGGCCACGGCGACUCGAUCCAGAGCAUCGCGUGGAACGCCGUCGGCACCACCCUCGCCACGACCUGCCGUGACCGCAAGCUCCGCCUCUUCGACCCCCGUGCCGGCACCGAGGCUGUCCGUGUCACCGACGGCCACGGCGGUAUCAAGGGCUCGCGUGUGGUUUGGCUCGGUGACCGUGACCGCAUCGCCACGACUGGAUUCAGCAGAAUGUCGGACCGCCAGCUCAGCCUCUGGGACACGACUGGUCUCACCAACCUCGAGACCAUUAGCCUCGACUCGAGCGCCGGCAUCAUCAUUCCAUUCUUCGCCGAGGGCAACGAUGUGCUCUUCCUUUCAGGCAAGGGAGACGGCAACAUCCGCUACUACGAGUUUGAGGGCGACCAGUUCCACUUCCUCAACGAGUACAAGACUUCCGAGCCUCAGCGUGGCAUCGGAUUCAUCCCCCGUCGCUCCCUCGAGGUCAACCAGAACGAGAUUGCUCGCGCGUACAAGCUCGCCAACAACGGUGUCGAGCCCCUCAGCUUCAUUGUUCCCCGCAAGGCCGAGGCAUUCCAGGCUGACAUCUUCCCUCCUGCCAACUCGAUCGAGCCCGCUCUUACUGCCGCCGAGUGGCUGUCAGGCAAGACUGCUCGCCCCAAGGUCGUCGACCUCGAGACGCAGGCCACGUCGGUGAACAACACGCCCAUCCGUGCUGCCGCUUCCAAGGCUGCCACGCCUGCCGCUGCUCCCUCUCCCUCGCCUUCCCCUGCCCCGAAGGAGGAGCCCAAGGCCGCUCCCAAGGCCGAGCCCGAGACGCCCAAGGAGCCCACGCCUGCGCCUACUCCUCCCAAGGCGGCUACUCCCCCUCCUGCUGCCGUGUCUCGUGCAUCGGAGCCCCCCAAGGAGGAGGCCAAGAGCCUCGAGAUUGCGCAGCCCGACGACAGCGAGGACGACGAGCCCAAGGUGGCUGCUGCGGCUACGGUUGCGGCUGUUGCUGGCGCUGGCGCCGGCGCCGUCGCUGCCUCCUCCGUUGCCAAGUGCAAGUAA